UAUACACGUAUAUUCAGUAAUCUGAUCACGUUUGUCAGAAACAAGGUGGUACACGUUUUAAUAGUCGUUAGUCAGCAAGUGUAGCUUCAAUAUGGUCGACAGCAUGAGUGACGACGUGGUGAAUAACGUGCAAAACCUAAAUAUAAAGGAAGAAAAGGCAUGAAUACGGUUUAAAUUUAAUAAAGUUUUUCUUAUUUUCAUUUGUAGAGCUAAAAUAUGUCGAUGACUUUGCGUAUUAGCACUUAUAGAAACCUUUACAAUGUUUCUAAACGGACACAUGCUUGGAAACUUAUAGGCAUCGAAGAAAAGUCUGUUUCUGAAUUAAAUCCUUGGCCAAGUUAUAUUCAGGAUCGUAUUAUACUAUGGGACAAACUGAAAGCAGAGUAUGAAGCAUCAUUAACUGAAAAACCAGUUAAGGACAUAACAGUAACGCUUUCUGAUGGAAAAGAGGUUGUGGCACAAUCUUGGCGUUCAACACCAUAUGAAGUUGCAAAGAACAUUAGUCAAGGUUUAGCAGAUAGUACUGUUAUUGCAAAAGUUAACAAUGAACUGUGGGAUCUUGACAGACCUUUGGAGUUUGAUUGUAAACUUGAACUUCUCAAGUUUGACCAUCUAGAUGCCCAGCAAGUGUUUUGGCACUCCAGUGCACAUAUUUUGGGAGAAGCCAUGGAAAGAGUAUAUGGUGGUUGCUUGUGUUAUGGUCCACCAAUAGAAAAUGGAUUUUAUUAUGACAUGUACUUAGAAAACAAAGGAAUUUCUAAUUUAGACUUCCCAUACUUGGAGAGUCUUUACAAAAAUAUAGUUAAAGAAAAACAAGCUUUUGAAAGAUUAGAAAUGACCAAGGAAGAUCUCUUAGAGAUGUUCAAAUACAAUGAAUUCAAAGUUCGUAUUAUCAAUGAAAAAAUACAUACACCUACUACUACAGUAUAUAGGUGUGGUCCAUUGAUUGAUUUAUGUAGAGGACCACACAUCAGACAUACUGGAAAAGUCAAAGCUAUUAGAAUCACUAAAAACUCUUCCACUUAUUGGGAAGGGAAUGCCAAUGCAGAAUCUUUACAAAGAGUAUAUGGUAUCAGUUUUCCAGAUACCAAACAAUUAAAGGAAUGGGAAAAGUUCCAAGAGGAGGCUGCUAAACGAGACCACAGAAAAAUAGGAAAAGAGCAAGAGUUAUUCUUCUUCCAUGAACUUUCCCCAGGAUCAUGUUUCUUUCAACCACGUGGAGCGUAUAUUUAUAAUACUUUAAUCGAAUUUAUUCGUUCUGAAUAUCGAAAACGUGGCUUCCAAGAAGUAAUCACACCUAAUAUUUAUAACAGUAAAUUAUGGCAAACGUCUGGUCAUUGGUUGCAUUAUUCCGAAAAUAUGUUUUCCUUUGACGUCGAGAAGGAAACCUUCGCUCUUAAGCCAAUGAAUUGCCCUGGUCAUUGUAUGAUCUUCGAAGUUCGUAAUAGAUCUUGGCGUGAAUUGCCGUUAAGAAUGGCAGAUUUUGGAGUACUACACAGAAAUGAAUUGUCUGGUGCAUUAACUGGACUUACUAGAGUCAGACGUUUCCAGCAAGAUGACGCUCACAUAUUCUGUUCGGCCGAUCAAAUUAAAGAUGAAGUGAUAGGCGCACUUAACUUUUUGAAACACGUAUAUACCGUAUUUGGCUUUACAUUUCACUUAUGUCUGUCUACAAGGCCUGAAAAAUAUUUAGGAGAUUUGGCUAUGUGGGAUGAAGCUGAAAAAGCAUUAACUGAAAGUUUGAAGGUAUUUGGAGAACCGUGGAAAAUUAAUCCAGAGGAUGGCGCAUUUUAUGGUCCAAAAAUUGAUAUAACAAUUAUGGAUGCGCUUAAGAGACAUCAACAGUGCGCUACCAUUCAAUUGGACUUCCAAUUGCCAAUUAGAUUUAAUUUAUCUUAUGUUAAUGAAUCUGGUGAAAAAACAAGGCCAGUAAUUAUUCACAGAGCCAUUUUGGGUUCUGUAGAGAGAAUGAUCGCAAUUUUAACAGAAUCGUACGCCGGAAAAUGGCCGUUUUGGUUGUCCCCUCGACAAGCAAUGAUUAUUCCAGUAAGUUCUCAAUUCGAUGAUUAUGCCGUCCAAGUGAAAGACAAACUUUGGAAUGCUGGAUUUAUGGCAGAACUUGAUACCGAUCCAAGUGACACUCUGAAUAAAAAAAUACGAAAUGCCCAGCUUGCACAAUUUAACUUCAUCCUUGUUGUUGGAGAAAAGGAACUUAAUGCUGGUACAGUAAAUGUACGAACCAGGGAUAAUGUAGUGCACGGAGAAGUCCUUGUUGACGAUUUAAUUGAAAAAUUCAAAGUAUUCAAAGAGAGGAAGGAUAAAAAUUGUGAAGAAAGGUUUUAAAUUGGCUCUGUGCGCAGACAGGGUAUUUAUUUAUUUCUAGGGUAUAAUUCCGAAGCUAUCGGUUGUAAUACGG